UCAUGUGAACGUGGUGAUAAGAGAAGGAACGAUAGAAGACCCGUCUAGAGAGCGAGACCCCAUCCUGACAAGAAACGGACAGGGGGCCUGAGAUGUGACAGUAGCACCAGGAGCCGGCACCGAUCAGUGACCACGCGGGUUUAGCGAAAAUCGGAUCUAGCAGGCUGGAUCAUAGAAUAGUGUCGUGGAAAAGCGGACCGCGUUUCUAGUUUUUCGCCAGGACUUUUCCGGACGUGAAAAUGCUGGCCGAGAAGGACUUCUGAGGGGAGUCGUUAAGGGUGUGUUAAGGUCCUGACGGAAGUGGGUUAAGGGAGUUAUGGGGAAAAGGACCAGGAAAACUAGGUGGCGCACGCUGCCCAUCGGAGAUGAACAAAGUGACAGCGAAGAGUCGAAUUCAACCCUUGACACCAGAGUACCUCCAACGUAUCACCAGAAAUAUUACAAUAGGCUCACUUACUCUAGUCAAUCAACGCCAACGAGAAGGUACCAGAGCGACAGUACCAAAUCCACAAGAUCGAGCAGUACGGCUAGUGAGAAUAAAAUUACGUUCAAUGAAGAUGAGUAUACAAGGAUCACGACACCCAGGCAGGAUGUGCUUUUCAAGAAAGGCUACCUCAACAAACCCAAAACAUAUUCUACCCAAACGUCUACCGGAAACUCGACCACAUCUACAGGUAAUUCUACCGGAAAUGGUACACCGGAUUAUCAGAGCACAGACUUAGAUUAUGAAUCGCAUUUUAUGUAUCCCAAUGGCUUCCUAGAUCAGAACGGAAUUUAUUAUGUAAAUAGUUAUGAACCGUAUCCCUUGAUGGUAUACAAUGCGCCAGCGUACUACAACAAUGACAGUUGCGGAAGAACGAAAAAGUACAGCACGGAGUCAUUGGCCGAAACUGCCAGCACAUCUAAUGAAGAAACCUCUCAGGAAGCGGCGAAUCACAACGGGGUCGCGCAUGGGGACGACGUGACGCCACCCCCAUCGCAAGUCAACGGCCACCAACACCACCCCCAGCACCACAUGCCGCCACCGCCUGAAUACGGACAGGUGUACAACGUGGUCUAUCCAGGGUUUUAUUACAACGGGCUAUGCCCGCCGCAGGAAUUGGUAAACUGCCAGAAUCACCACUCAGAGCCCAAGAGAAUGAAAAGGCGCAGGCGUCGAAAACUCUCGGACUCCAAGACGGCAGACGGUCUUGCGCAACAGAACGGCAACGCUUCCGAAUACACCGAGGACGACUUCAGCUCCGUGGAGGAGGAAGACGAACAGGCGGAGAAGAUGGCCGCCGCCGACGACCAACGCUCCGAAGAUCACUCCACUUCCGUGUCGCCCCCUACCGAGAACCAAACGAACGAAAACUCCGAAGCAGAGACCUCCCUCUCCGACGUCAAAGAGGACAGGACGGCGCCGGUUUGCAACGGCGACAAGUCACUCGAGCCUGCGGCUCAAAACGAACCUGUUGUCACUAACGAAACUGCCGAACAAGCUUCUAACGUUAGCGAUACGAACAAUGAGGACAAAAGAGUCAAAUACAAUCUAAAGCCCGACGCGCAGGAGUUUGUUCCGAGGGCUAUGCGACCAGAGAACCUCCAGUAUUUCAAGAUACAACCAGGUUUCAUGCCGGUACCACUGAUGAGUCCGAUGGGCGCUCCUAACUACGGACAUCCCGCGUAUUUGCCGCCUGGAAUGCCGCUCGGUUAUAUCCAGCAAAGUCCUGCCAUUUAUCCCGGUUAUAUGCCAGGGUUCAUACCGGCUUACAAUCCCGAACACGUCCAGACCAUUGCGGCACCCAUCGAGGAGAUUCCCCAGAUAGAAGCUGAAGGAGAUGCCCAACAAGAACAAAGAUCCAAGAACGACAUCGACAUCAGAACCGUUGUCUCCAAACUAGAAGAAGUCGCUAAUGAUCCUCAGAUACCCGAUCGAAAGACCUAUCAUAACAAUCCACCUUACAAAAAAUCAGGACAACACAAGAACUACGAGGAACGUAAGAAAUUCUACAACAAAAACAAUAACAACGUCCAGAACGGGUACUACCACAAGAGACAGAACGGCAGAUACCAACCUGUUAUUCACAAUGAAGCUUCAAACGGAGUACAACAGAAAGAAGAUACCAACGAAAUCAAAGAAUGCUCCAAAAUACUGGAAGAUCCAAUCGCUGAAUGCGUUCAAGAGGCAGAAAAUCCAGAAAUACCUCCCAACAAUACUCCAGUUGAGAUUGCAACAUCGAUUAAACAGCCAGAUCCAGCUCCAGUAAAAAUAGAAAUCACACAAGUCAUCCCACAGCAGCAGCCACAAACUACACUUCCAAACGGUGAACCUCAAAAUACAAUAGUGAAGGAACAAACAACUAUGGCUGAAAAAUUAACCAGUUCACCUAAAUUCCAACAGAGAUCUACUAAUCUCCAUUCGAGCGAAGGACCCAAAGCAUCUAACAAAGACAAUAAUUACUCUGAUCCCAGAAAGAGGUGGCCAAGGAGGGACGAAAAACCCUUCCAAAAGAGGGACCAACCAGUACCAGAAGAUAGAUCCAACCAAAGUUACAAACACAACGACAGCCAGAGGUUCGUAAAAAAAUUCAACCAGAAUAGCCCAGCUCCAGCUAGGAAACAAACUGCCACACAAACUACUCAGUACUCCAACGAUAAUUCCAAGAGGUACUCUGAAACCGUGAAAAAGUCAGCUCAAAGUGCACCGGUCAAAACAACAGUCAGAGAAAACCCCCAGAGGACUGCAAGAGAAACCAAACCAGUAAUACCUGAAGCAACAAAUACUCCAAACAAUCCAACACAGUGGAUCUCCGUUUCCAGCAAAAAGAAAAGAAGAAACAAGAACAUGGAAGAUUCAGAUAAUGGCUCUGAAACUCCUAUAUUGGAAGAGGAGGAAGAUGAGAAGCAACCUGAAUCUAACGAAGACAGGUUGAAAGAUUUCCAACAGAACGCGUUCUUACAGAAUAUGAUAAAUGGGUGCACUAAAGUUGAAGCAACGCAGUCUGAGGAAGCCAGAGAAGUUCCUGACGUCAUAAGAAAGAGUCCCGUGAAAAUUAUGGAAGUGAGGGACUUGGAAAAAGAGCUAUUGAGCAGUGUCGGCGUAGAAAUCAAAGAGGAAACUGAGCCUUCGACGGCAGAGGUUAAAAUUGUCGCACCAACCAAGCAGAAGUCAAGCUCGAAGAAAAAGUCCAAGAAAGGUGGGCAAAGACAACAAACUAAACGUGUGUUCAUAACUGAUGUCGAUUUAUCAGAGGUACUUCCUGAAACCAAGAAGAAUGAAGCUGAAGAAGAUAUUAAAGAACCUGAAGAAAUCGUUGUUAAGGAAGACGAAAAAGAAGAAACUUCUGAGGAAAUUCAGAAGGAAGAAGCCAAACUUGAUCCACUUCCAGUUGUGGAGAUAGAAGUGAUCUCAGAAGAAACCGUUGAAAAGAAAGAACUGAUCCAGAUUGAACAAACUGAAAAGAAAAACAAAAAGAAGAAGAAGAAAUCGAAAAUUACCGAAGCUGUAACGAACACACCAACAAACGCAGAGGACACUUACGAUCUUCUCCUAGAAAACACACUCUCGAAUAACUCCGAAGAUAAGACGAACAUGGAGAUAUCACAAGAGUUAGAUCUUAUCAUACAGAGGGGUAUGUACAGUAAUCUUGAGGAGAAAAUCAAAGCUCUCAACAUAAUUCCCAUAAAAGAAGAGUUCUUCCAAUCUGUGGUACAGACUAGCAGGGAAUCCAGCACAGAAAAAUCGCCUGAAUUCACGAAACUCCUGGCGAACUCUAUGCCGAAAUUCAAAUAUUGCAUGGCUUCUGUGGAAGACGAUUUGAAACAACCUUCUACUUCCAGAAGUGACUUAUUCGUUGAAAACCCCGAAAUGAACGAAAUUCUGAAAGACUUGUAUGGGGAGGAAAGAACAUCUGGAGCAGUAAUGAGCGAAUUAGUGACAAGAACAAGUCCUUCCAGAGAAAUCAAGAUAGAAACGGUAAGAGAGAAGUCUGUAGAAUCAAAACCAGAAGAAAGUAACGACCAGGAAACAGAGAAAGAGAAGCUGUACCCAAUAACUCAGGCGGUGAAGAACUGGAUGACCAAAACCAGGGAGAACACUCCCGAAGUAGAGAUCUUGAAGAGUCCCAGCAAGAUAUUCAAGGAAUUCUGUGAGCUGGAAGGUGCGUCCAGGAACGGCCUGGUCAAUGGUAAAAGAAACAGCGCCAUCUCUGAAAGCGAUGAAGAAAUCACCGUAUAUUCUGCUUCCAGGAAUGGCAGCGAUGCGGCCGACCUCUUAGAGUGUUGGGAGAAUGAAAUUUCCUUGGAAUCCGACCGUGGUAACUCCAUAGAAGAAGUGGAAACAAAGGAUAUUGGAGACGAGGAAGUGUUGGAGGUUUACGAGAGCAAAUACGGACAAAACGAGGACUUUUUGGAGCUCCAGCGCGAGAUCGAAGAGAAAAAGAAGCAGGAGCAGGAGGCGAGAUCCAGAAACUUCCCGAAACAUGGAGCAUUACCGUAUCGCGCUAUCUGUUGUAACGUCAUGUGACAAUUGUGCGAUGAAAAACCUAAACUUGACUCUAAUUUUAAGUGAUGUAUCUAUGACUCGUUAAUGUGCUACGCGAUCGUGGUGUCCGUUUAAAAGAAACUGUGAUUAAAACGUACCUAUGGACUUUUCCCAAACGGAAACGACCUAACCUAACCUGUCAACCUGACGUACGUCAGGUCGUAAUUUAAUGCCGGGUCAUGUGACCGGGAGGGCAGUUUGUUGAAGAAGGGUUGUAAUAUUCAUGUGCUCAAUCAAUAUUUUCUAUUAGGGUAGGUGAUUUUAAUUCAUAUCAGCGCGAUUCAAGUUUCAAUUUGGUGCCACACGUCGAUCUUUGUUGUUUUAUUUUCCUUUGAUGCGAAGAACUGAGGGUGAAAAACUUGUCAGACGGCGCCAUCUGGAGAGUACGGUAGUCGUUCCUAGACUUGUCUGUAACUGUCUUUCGCGUUGAGUGAAAAUCCAAAAAAAAAUACUUCCAAGUGAACAAAGAGACAAUAUCUUUGGGUAUUUCCAAAUGUGAUACAGAUUACCUCCAAAACUGAUGUAAAGCUUUGUUGUUAAGGGUUUUCUUCGCUGAUGUCUCUAUUUUCAUCGACGAUUCUUGGAUUCUCUAAUUAAAUUGAUUCUAUUUCGAAGGAAUCCAGCCUUUUGAGUGACAUUUUUCACUGCUGACGUUGUUGAUUCAUUAUCAAAUACUGUCGACUAGUUUGCGAAAGUUUUGCCUUAUCUGCUAACUAGUUCGAAAUUGAAAUGAUACAUGUUCCAACAUGUCGCUUAGGAAAUUUCGUGGAUUUCGUGAUAUUGUCUCAUAUUUCUGUCAUUUCGUAAUGAAAAUUCUUACAUUCAAACUUGAAUUUCUGUAUCUUAUCAAGAUACACAGUUUUUUUUUAAGUUUCAAUCGAAUUUCUGUAGUGCCAUAACAUUACUUAAUCAUCAACUUGUUUGUUUUCCUAAAUUUAAUUCGGUUCGUAAAUAAUUAAUUUGAGCUAUUAUUUUUGAGUCGUGAAGUUGUCGUAUACUUGCUUCAUGAGUAGUUUUAACAUCUUAAUAAUACGAAAUUAUUGUUGACAUGCUAUAUACAUAGUCCGUUAUUUUUCGCAAAUUUCGUCAUGUUAAAUAUGAUGUAGAGCUUUAUUUUUAUGUGACAAACUCAAACUGUAAUUUUAAGACUCACUAGUGGCAAUGCACACAGAUCUAACCUCUAAAAUUGACAGCUAAAAUUAUUUUGACACUUUCAAUACUAACACCUGUCGAAUACCAUUCGUUUAAUCGUUUAUAACCUCAAAUUGAAUUAUUGAAGUUAUUUUAGGCAUAUUGUUAAACUAUUUGUCAAUUUUUAGCUGUAAUCCCAGGGUUAUAUCGGGGUUGUAUAGUCAAAGUGCUUCUAUUCGGCACAAUUCAUCCAAUCAAUGAAAUCUUCAGAAGAAGCCUUUUGGAUUCAUAGAAUUGUACGUUGUACAAUGUCUGGAAGUUUAAACCGGGUUUGUGGAUUUUCGAAAAGACUGUCUUGGAUUUCUUUGCUCAAAAUUUUGAGGAUAUGUUGUUGAUGUAGAUACGGUUAUUGAACAAUAACCCGCUGAUGUGAUCUGAUGGGAGUGUAUGUUAAUUAAUGAUGUUGGAAUUCGUAGUAAGAAACCCGGCCUAUAAUGAUAAAUAGACUGAAAAUUUCACCAUUUCCUUGUCCGUUCAAGAUGGCGGCGAUAUAUUAGGUUAUGUCGCUGUCCGUUGAUGUUAUAUCAAAUUUUGUAUUUCUGUUGAAAUAAAUAAUGAAGUGUAUUUUCUUGGUACGAGAAGUAUAAGUCAUUUUUAUAGGAGUAUUUAAUUUAGGCAAGUGUGUCACAUAAAAUGUUUGAUACAUUUUAUAAUUAAUUUUAUAAUAAUUAAUUGUUAACUAGUGUUUAGGAUUUUUUUUGUCGAAAUUUAGUUCAAUUAUGUUUUGAAAUUUAGGCGAUAUUCAAUUAGAGAAUUCAUAUAGCUGCUAUUGAAUCGAAAGAAUCCUUACCUAAUUUUGUUAUUUUAGCUUUAGAAUGGUUAUAAUAUAGGUAAUGGUAAAAAUAUAAGCCAAUCGAAAUCAGGUAAGGCAAUUGUAGGCGAUUUUUUUCAUUAGCAUCACCUCCACACAACUCAAAAAAAAAUAAUUUUCCUUGAGAAAUUCUAAGAAUUAUGUAGCUGUGUUUCGGUAAAUUGUAAGUCGUUCAAAAAGACAUGUAUGCAUCUGUAGGUUUGCAAGUUUUGAGCAUGUAUGGAAAUGUUUUUCUUCGUUUUCUUCAGUUUGUUACUAUUAUUUUUGUGUAUAUUCGAGUUUACUUAAUUCGUUGUUGAAUUGUUUGUUAUUUUUUUUGAGAUUUGUGCCUUCGCAAUAUUUGUAAAAUAUAAUAUGAAGUUGU